UUUAUCACAAGGACUGUUUGUGUUUAGCAACGUGUAAAGUGAUUAAUUAAAUACUACGCUAGCUAGGUUGCUACCAAGUGAAGUAAAAUAAUAACGAAAAUAUUAUAGCUUGAUACAUUGUGGAUUUACCGCGGAUAUGGCCGCUCUGAUGUUGCGGAGGAAGUCUUGAAACCGCUGCUCGAGGACAUUUCUCACAACAUUUGAGCCAGCCAACACGACUCAGUGGCACGCGAACCGAAAUGAUAGCUAACGCGUUAGCUGCCUGGCUUGCUAUUUAACUAGCUAGCUAACUAUCUGAUAAGCUAACGUUAGCUAGCUACGUUUGGUGAAGAAGAUUACUGGCUGUGAAAUGAGUGUCCAAGUGAAUUUGAGAGGACUGCCAUCUCACGUCCUGGCCAGUGUUUACAAACCAGAGAAACUGAAAAUGGCAAGAAGGUCAUCAGAGAACGCACUUACUGCCCUCACCUUCACCAAAUCCAAAUUGGCCGUAUGGGACCCCACACCUAAUGGGGAUGUGGUUAGCCUCCACCUAUCCUAUUACAGAAAUCCCAGACUACUUCUGGUGGAGAACGUUCUUCGCUUGGCCCACCGGCAUGCCCGACAGAGUAACAAGCCCCAGUUCUGCUGUUACUUGCUGGGGACUAUUGCUGUGGAUUCUGAUGAAGAGGGUGUGACUUUGACUCUGGACCGGUUCGACCCGGGCCGGGAGCAACCUGGCUCCUCUGGAAAGGUCCCCACUGCCCUGAUGCCCGGGGACGUCCUGGUGCUCUGUGUUUUUGGAACCCAGGGGGUCGCUGCCACAGACACCAUGGUUCACUCUGCAGAAGAUUUCCACAUCUCUUUCAAGAUGCUCCAGCACUGCUGCAGCACCCGGGAGUCCCUGGACCUGUCCAAGCUGCUUGCCCUGCGAGCACACCUCGGCUGCUCCCAGCAAGCAGACAGCCUGGGCUUCUGCCUGCGCUGGGCCGCCGUCACCCCCGGCAACACACUGGACGCUGUGCCCAUUCGGCCCGUGCUCAUCAUCCCCACGGCCCUGGCCAGAAACCUGAGCGGACCGACCAGCCUCACCCAGCCGCUACACAGCAGCGCUAACCACAAACGAGGCUUUCUGACCAUGGAUCAAAGCAAGAAACUGCUCCUAGUACUGGAAUCUGACCCGAAAGCCUACACUUUACCACUGGUGGGACUAUGGCUGAGUGGGGUCAACCACAUAUCCAACCCCCAGGUGUGGGCGUGGUGUCUGAGGUACCUGUUCAGCUCCUCCCUCCAGGACAAGGUGACGUCGGAGAGCGGUGCGUUCCUGGUGGUGCUGUACUCGCUGACCCACAGGGAGCCAGAGUUCUACCAGGUCCAGCCCUGCAGCGGUCAGCAGCAGGACAUGACCUUCCAACUGCUCACAAGCACUGAGUCACUCACCCUCUACAAGAAUGUGGAGGAGUCCGAGGGCCGUACUCUGCAGUUUGAGCUCAGUGCUGAGAGCCAGAACCACGAGGCAGAGUUCUUCAGGGAACUGGUGUCCCGUGCCUCCUUCAUAAGCCCUGCAGUAGUGGCAGUGUCUCCUCAGAACAGACUGUCUAUCAGUGACCAUGACUCUGGAGUAGAGGACGAGGACCUCUCCCCCAGGCCCUCCCCAAACCCCCACCCUCUCACCCAGCAGACCAAGCGGGUCCACCCUUCUGUGCCAGAGCUCUCCCUGGUGAUGGACUGCAGCAUCCUGGAUGGACAGACCAUGGGCACCCCUCAUCCUCCCCUCUCAGCUCUGCAGCCCAGAGGCAGCAGCCCCCCCUCCCACCAGCUCCACCCUGGGGCAACCAGACCCCCAGGCCAGGGGCCCACCACACUCAGUGGCCCCCCACCCAUCAGAAAGCCCCUGACCCCUGCCAUGGACCCUCAGGGUAAGGGCAGCAGAGGAUCCCCGUUCACCCCUGGGCAGCAGCCACCACCGCUCCGGCCCCCUUCCUCCGGCAGGAAAUCGGCUCCUCUGCAGUUCGGGAAGACGUCCACCUCUUCCUCCUCCUCAUCUUCCUCUUCUUCUCCAAAGACUUGCUCCUCUCCUAAUGGAUCAGUCCACCAGGCCAGGCAGUUCCACCAAGUGCUAGGUCCCCUCUCUCACAGGGGGGCCUCCUCUGUCGGACCCCCUCCACGCCCCAGGCAUAGCCCCGGUCACCCCCCGGCCCCCAUGCCCACUCACCAACAGCCCCCUGUCCAUCUCAAACACUUCCACAGCACCCCCAACCCCAACAUGAACCAGCCUUGUGGGUGCUGCUCCUUCCAACCACACGACCAUGUAACCCCCCUGUACCACCCCAACUACUGGCAGGGAGCUUCAGGUACCCACAACAGCCCAGAUAGGCACUUCUGCUCCAUCUCUGAUAGUAAUCGCCCCACCUCUCAACUUUCCCCUUCCCACCAAACACACCCUCACCAUAACCCAGUGUGCCACCCUGGGGGCCCACACUUACACCAUUUCACUGCCCAGGGGCCCUGCUUGGAGCUGCCGGCCCCCGUCUGUCAGAACCAGUGUUGCCAGGCCCAGUCGGCGAAGUCUCUCUCCCCCCUGGACGGACCCAUGGGCCUCCUGCCCUCUGAUGCCUACAGAAUCCUGGUGGACCAAGACCGGCAGCUCAAGUUACUGCAGGCACAGAUCCAGAAGCUACUGGCGGCCCAGGGGAAAGGGGGGAGCAUCUCCACUGAGCAGGCAGCCAUGCAGACACACACCUCCCCAGGACAACCCACCAAGAGGAAUGUCAGCAUCGCUGUAGGAACAGGUGCCAGUCUGUUCUGGGGAAACCCCAUCGAUGCCCCCGCUUGUGAUGAGGACGAGCGCCAACAGCCAGAGUGGCACACGAACAGGGGGCCUGGUGCUCCCGAUGGCAGCAGGUCCUCCUCUGGUCGGAAUUCUGGCAGUGCCAGCCUCACCCACAGCAGGCACGUGGAUGGCACAGAAGAAGAGAGUGGGGGCAGUGAGGGACACGUUCCAGGCACACCCUCCAACCAAUCAAUGCACCAGAGGAUUCAGUCAGCGUUUGGGGACGGUUCCUUCCAGAGCCCUGUGUUGGGGGAGAGUGCCAGCAUGUACUACCAGUCCCAGUCGCCACAGAGGGACAACACCAAGAGUCAGGAGACCAGAGCAGUGAAGGACGAUCAGAGGUUUUAUCAAGACCUAUUGGGCCAAGUGAACAGCCGUCUCCAGGGAUCAGUGAACGAGGAGGAAGAUGAGGAGGAACAGGACAGACAGAUCUCGUACCCACAGCAGCAGAAACACUGCUUGUCCCCCAGACGAGUGUCCCACUCUCAGUCCCAGCAGUCAUCCCCUAGCCCUGUCCCCCUCCGCUCCCGUAGGCCGGAGCCCAGAGAGCAGCCGCCAGGAGGGAAGGACCAGGUGCUCCACGCCACACUGCGCCAGCUGCAGCAGCUAGGGGUCAAUGUGGAUCUGGACUCUGCCGACCCGGGGGGCAAGGCCACACGCAGCUCGAUGGAAAGCUCCAGUACCCUGGCUGGCAUCAACCCAGAGGCGGUCAUCAGCAGACUGACCCUCCUGGAGUCCACGGGGACCAGCAUGUGGGGCCCCAGCGGCAGCGUGGACCUCAGCCUGGAGGCCAACGCCAUCGCCCUCCGGUACCUCAGCGACCAGCAGCUCUCUAGGCUUUCUAUGGGGGGAGGGCAACAGCCCCCCAGGGCCCUCCCUAGGUUCAGCCCCUGCACACUGCUCUCAGAGAAGCCUGGAGCGGAGAAGAUCACUGUUGGACUGAGUUGUAUCCUGUCUCCCAACAUGUCCUUCGCCACCCGCAAGUACAUGAGGAGGUACGGGCUUAUAGAGGAGGGGAGCGGGAGUGAGGAGGAGAUGGGAUAUACCGUACAGUUCCAUGUUCAACAGGAACAAGUAGGGCAGGGAGAGAGGGAGCGCAAAUGUUUGGUUCUGAAAAACAUCACCAAUGAGUUGCCACAUUGCAAACCUGUCCACCCCCAGGCGCCACAUGCAGACUCUCAAAGCCAGCUACUCAGGGACUUGCGUCCUAAAAUGCCGCUUUUGGCACGCGGCGCCAAACAACAUUCAGACAAGGAGAAUGGUGCAAAACGGCAGCCAUCUUUAGGUGAAAUGCAAAGGGAGUGUCCACAACCAGAGGGGUCGAUGGGACAUUUCUUGGACCUGAAUAGACUUAGACAGCUGCCGAAACUUUUCUAAAGGUCUGCUAAAUUAUGUAAAUGUAAAGGCCCAUGGGAACUAAUGCAAAGGAAACUCAAAAUGACAAAUGAAAUGUAUUGCCGAAUCCAUUGGGAUUUUUCAGUGUGGUUGUAUCCUUAGUAAGCUAUUUUUGAAUGCUUCCAUACAAUUUUUGUUUACAGAUUGUUUUGAAUGCCUCUUUGUUUGAAUCUUCAUGGUGCUCAUUGUUUGUAAUGGAUACAUUUGUGUGUGACCACUGAAACAGAGGCUCUUACCAAAUCUCUUCACCACAGUGCUCUUUGUCUGUGAGCAAAAUGUCCUUGUUGCCUUUCUACUACAACCAUUUGGAAGAGGGUGUGGUGUCAUGAUGUAUCUAGCGCUUUUCAAUGGUGGCAGCUAGGUCAUUGAAUUGUUUAAUCAAUUUUAAUUUAAAGUGUGUUUUAUUUUCAACAUACCAUGGAUGCCAAUUGUCUGAACUGUGGUAAAUGUUAAUUCACAAUAGUUUGGCCUUUUAUUGAUAACCACUAUACCCAAUGUCUUGGUAAUUGGUGUACACCUAUUUGUAGUCAAUGUUGGGAUUUUUUAUGUUUCCAUUUUUAAUGUUGUAAAUAUUUUACGUUUCUUUCAUGCUGCUUUGUUUUUCUUGUGUGUGUGUUUACAUGAAAUGCUGGCUCCAGCAUUAUUUUUCAUUUCUCAACUUGAACUUUCUAUUUAAGAUUGCCUUAAUAAAUAUGUACCUGAUUCAUGUUUUUA